UGUGAACUCCCUUUUUCCGGAGACGGCUAGGCGGUGCAGGAUCCACCGAGUGUCGCUUUUGAAGUGCAGAGGUUGUUAGUGGGGAAGGUUGAAAGAUGGCUGGUCACAGAUUGGUUCUGGUUCUUGGAGAUCUCCACAUUCCUCACCGCUGUAACACACUGCCAGCAAAGUUCAAGAAGCUGCUGGUACCCGGGAAAAUCCAGCAUAUCCUGUGCACUGGCAACCUGUGCACCAAAGAGAGCUAUGACUACCUGAAGACUCUGGCUGGGGAUGUUCACAUUGUCCGCGGAGAUUUUGAUGAGAAUCUAAACUACCCUGAGCAGAAAGUGGUGACAGUUGGACAGUUUAAAAUUGGACUGAUUCAUGGCCACCAGGUUAUUCCUUGGGGAGAUGUUGCAAGUCUGGCCCUUUUGCAGAGGCAGUUGGAUGUGGACAUUCUCAUUUCUGGGCACACGCACAAGUUUGAGGCCUUUGAAAAUGAAAACAAGUUUUAUAUCAACCCUGGCUCCGCAACUGGCGCCUACAACGCAUUAGAGAGCAACAUCAUCCCAUCCUUUGUAUUAAUGGACAUCCAGGCAUCAACAGUGGUGACAUACGUGUAUCAGCUGAUUGGAGAUGACGUUAAAGUUGAAAGAAUUGAGUACAAGAAGUCCUAAGCAAGCGUCCUUUCAGUGUUAUUAAAGUGUUUUGUAUGGGCAUUUGUGUUGUCUGGCUUAGUCAUUUACUCACACGUCUGUUUCUGCACUUAUGUUUUAUUAGAAGUUAUUAAAUGCUUUUUGUUUUGUUUUUUUUCACUAAUAGCUUAAAUAUUAUUUGUGAGAAUGCACACAAGUGUGUGCUGUCAAUAAUUACGUAAUCUGAAUUAUUAUUUGAGACAUAUUGUAUUAUAUUUGAGAUUUUUUCUCUUUAAAUAAUUAAGAUCAUUGACACUUCAUCUACCAGCUGUAUUAGAUAUUUUUUGAAACACUAGCCAAUUCUAUAGGAUAUAUAUCAAUAAUGGCCAUCAAAUGUAUUUAAUAAAACAUCCUCUGUAAAUUUAUGUUUAAAUACUCCUUUUUUCAGUGUCAUGGCUAAGAGGUGAAUGUUGGAAUAACUUGAAUAAAAAUAACAUGCACUGGAAACAGAAA